AUGCGUGUGCAAGAAAGAACUACUAAGAGGAGGAGAAAAAGAAUUACUAAGAGAAGAGCAGAAUUACUAAGAGAAGAAGGAGAAUUAAAUACAGGAAAUGAUGAAUUAGAAGAAUUAAAGGUAGUAGGUGUAGUAGGAUGA